AAAUCUCUUACCUUCAGCCACUCGCAAUUCCAGUCCAGGAGCAGAUUCGUGUUCGUGCUAAACUCUGAAAAAUUUCGAAUUUUACUACUUCAAGAUGGAUUUAAGGUGUCGAAAAAAUCUUGCGUCCCACCAAAUCUCCCCACCGCAAUGGAUAACCGAGAGAUGUUUGGAAAGUCCGGGAUUAAGAGAGGUCGUGAUUUCCUUCUUUCCUGGCGGCACACCCACAAAUAAUGUCACGACCACGGACGGGGGUCAUCAUUAUGGUCAUCGUCGUUCCCCUCAAUCCAGACAAACUUAUUCCUCCUCGUCCUACUUCCUGUUAAAAUUUGGCGUCCUCCUGGUCGCCGUGCUCCUCUCUGCCACGUGGUUCAUCUCUGCACGAAAUAAUAAUGCUCAAAAUUCUGGACUUUCUCCUCCACCUCACACAAAAAUCCAACCAGGCCCAGAAGUAGGAGACAUCCUGGCCAACAAAUUGGCACCAAGUGGCACCACCACACCUGGCCCUGACCUUUUCGAGGGUGCCACCACCACCACCACCACGACUGCCGCUAAUCAUGCCGGUGAUGGAUUGACGCUGCCGCCCGAAUCGGUGUUCCACCAGAGAAAGAUAACUUUUUGUUUUGAUGAUGACACGGAAACACUUUUAGAAUCAAUUGAUCUAUUUUAGUCGAAAAUCGAUGUCUUAUCAUUAAAGGGUGAAAAAUUUUUAAAAUACGUUCCCAAAGGGGCGAAAUAAAUUCUUAAAAUUGUGCCGAUUAGUCAUAAAUACGUAACAAUUUUUUUACAACAUAUUUUUAUCAACCGUAAUAUUUAUCUUUAUUCAUACAAAUAUUUAUUUAUAUUUUAAGAGUAUUCGUACAAUAGGAAUGCAACAUUAUAAUCAGUUCUGUGUGCAGCUAACACAGCAGGAUUUGAAAAUUAAAUAUAUAUUUUUUUAACAGAG